UGCGCCGCGCCAGUGCACGGGAGCGCGCUCCUUGGCGCGGGAGCGCGCCCCGGGGAGAGCCCGAGCAAGAUGGAGGCCGCGCAGAGGACGCCGCCUGGGCCGAGGCAUCCACUGCCUGGAGCACCGAGCCCCGGCGCUUGAGCCCUGCCGGUCCCGGAUCAGCGGCCCUGACCCGGCCCAGCUCCCGCCCCGCAGCCCGGUGGUCCGGUGGUCCGUCCUGGGCCGGCGGCCCCCCACCAGCAGCUGCCGCCGGCCCCGCCCCCGGGCACCAUGCUGCCCUCGCAGGAGGCCUCCAAGCUCUACCAUGAGCACUACAUGCGGAACUCGCGGGCCAUCGGCGUGCUGUGGGCCAUCUUCACCAUCUGCUUCGCCAUCAUCAACGUGGUGGUCUUCAUUCAGCCCUACUGGGUAGGAGACAGCGUGAGCACUCCCAAGCCUGGCUACUUCGGCCUCUUCCACUACUGCGUGGGCAGCGGGCUAGCGGGCCGCGAGCUCACCUGCCGGGGCUCUUUCACCGACUUCAGCACCAUCCCGUCCAGCGCCUUCAAGGCGGCCGCCUUCUUCGUGUUGCUUUCCAUGGUGCUGAUUCUCGGCUGCAUCACCUGCUUCGCUCUUUUCUUCUUCUGCAACACCGCCACUGUCUACAAGAUCUGCGCCUGGAUGCAGCUCUUGGCAGCCCUGUGCCUCGUCUUGGGCUGCAUGAUCUUCCCUGAUGGCUGGGAUGCCGAGACUAUCCGGGACAUGUGCGGGGCCAAGACGGGGAAGUACUCCCUGGGGGACUGUUCAGUGCGCUGGGCGUACAUUCUGGCCAUCAUCGGAAUCCUCAAUGCGCUCAUCCUGUCUUUCCUUGCCUUCGUGCUGGGCAACCGGCAGACCGACCUGCUGCAGGAGGAGCUCAAACAGGAGAACAAAGAUUUUGUGGGUACUACAGUAAGUUCUGUGUUGCGGCCAGGAGGAGAUGUCUCAGGAUGGGGAGUCCUGCCAUGCCCUGUUGCUCAUACACAGGGACCUUGAAAGCCAGGAUUGUAGCCCAGGAGUUGGCCCGACCUCAGCAUAUUCUGUCUGCUGCCCUCUCCUUCUUGUGGUCAAGCUCCAGACCCCAAUCUCUGACAGACUGCACACAACUCCAGGCUUUGAAGAGAGGCGGGAGCUGGGUGGCAGCCUGGCAGAAGGCAGGGGCCCUGAGAUCCCUCGAGAGCUUGU